AUGUCCGACCAACUUUGCUCAAGCUGCCAUGAGCCUCUGCUCAUCGAGGUGGAGCCAGAUAGCGAUGUCGAAGAGAGCAAGGCGGCUGCCCAGAUAUCCAGUGUGCCCGAUGAUGUGGAAUUGUCCUGUGGCUGCCAUUACCAUUGGGAAUGUUUUCUAGAGUCCUACACCAUCACACAAUGUCCAAACUGUGCCAAAGACGUAUCCUCUCUUUCCCCCAGUGGAUCACAACAGGUGUUGGUGACUCUCCGGAAUGAAGGUGGCGUCCAAGAGCGUUAUGAUAUCCUCCCAGCGGCCACCGAAGAAGCCUACCUGCGUGCAUACCCUGAGGAGCGGAAAGGCCAUGCCUACCUCGAAUUCUGCCGUGAAGGGGACAUCGAUGCCAUCAUUCACAUGAUCAAAGACCCCGACGAAGACGACGAAGAUGAAGAAAAUGGGGAGAGUGCAGAUAUACUGCGAUACCGGGGCACGUUUGAGGGCAUCGAAGGCUCUGGAUUACACGUCGCCAUCCGAUACAACCAGCAAGAGGUUGCAUGGUUACUGCUGGCUCUCGGAUCCCAACUCGACUGGGCUAAGUUCCCCUCAAUUGUUCUCCAGGCCAUGCAAGGUUUGGGGUUGCGCAAAGAGGACAGGAAGGGUGAGCCGGAUAUCAGGACUCUGGUAGACAGUGACGGGCGAACACCCGCCGCAUUGGCACAAGAACUCGGAGGCUUGUGGACAGAAUGGCUCAAGGAGGGCCGAUUGAUACCCUAA